CGGCCAGAGCUCUGCGGCUAACCCAGAGCGACGGUUGGAGCUGGGAGAGCAGCCUGCAGCCUCUCUGCCUCCUGGCUCACCCCACGACUCCUUCAGUCCUUUUUCAAGUUGGGGAAUUUUCCCUUUCUCUCCACAGCCCCGGAGUUGGGGUCACCUCUGCUUUGCAGGUGCUGAGGGAGCGAUGCCUUUGCCUUGGUCUCUAGUGCUUUCGCUGCUGGUGCUGCACACCUCAGGGGCCACGGCAAAGCCAGGCACUGCCCCAGUGAUCUGGGGGAGGCGCGCACAUCCUGGACAGCAGCACGGGGACAGAGGAGGUGGUCUGGGACUCGACCUACCAGCCGAUGUUCUGUUGGGGUCACCUGGGAAGGUGUGGCACCCAUGGGACGGUCACUGGGUCCAGCCAGCCUCAGAAGACCGGCUGACGAGGGAGAGGCUGCGCAGAGGGACCAAGGACGAGGACUCCAAGUCAGUCCAGCACUACAUGCCGGGGAUAAGGGUGGAGUUCCCUCGGCCCAUCAACCCAACCAAGCCCCUGAUGCCAUCCAGCACAGACCCUGCUGAGCACCGAGAUGGGAGCCACACAGACCUCCAAGGCACAGACUCCCGUGGCAACCUCCCCAUGGCGCCGGACAAGCGUCUGCAGAUCCAGAACCCCCUGUACCCAGUGACGGAGAACUCUUACAGCGCCUACGCUGUGAUGUUCCUCUCCCUCAUUGUCUUCGCCGUGGGCAUCAUUGGCAACCUGUCAGUCAUGUGCAUCGUCUGGCACAACUACUACCUGAAGAGUGCCUGGAACUCCAUCCUGGCCAGCCUUGCUCUCUGGGAUUUCCUUGUCCUCUUCUUCUGCCUCCCCGUGGUCAUCUUCAAUGAGAUCACCAAGAAGAGGCUGCUGGGGGACAUCUCCUGCCGCAUUGUGCCCUUCAUGGAGGUGUCUUCCUUAGGUGUCACCACCUUCAGCCUUUGUGCCCUGGGCAUCGACAGGUUCCACACAGCAACCAGCCCUCAGCUCAAGAUGCGGCCCAUAGAGCAGUGCCAGUCCAUCAUUGCCAAGCUGGCCGUCAUCUGGGUGGGCUCCAUGACUCUCUCUGUGCCGGAGAUUCUCCUCUGGCAGCUGACGCAGGACACAUCGCCGGUCUCUGGUGUGGUGACCGAGUACUGCACCAUGAAGCCUUCCCUGGAGCUGCCAGAGUCUGUCUACUCCCUGAUCCUCACCUACCAAAACUCCAGGAUGUGGUGGUAUUUUGGCUGCUACUUCUGCCUGCCCAUCCUCUUCACCGUGAGCUGCCAGCUGGUGACCCGAAAGAUCAGCAGCGCUGAGAAGGCGGCGGAAUGCCGGGGGUCCAAGCAUGGCCAGUGUGAGAGACAGCUCAACUGUACUGUCAUAGGCCUGACGGUCAUCUAUGGUCUGUGCACCAUCCCCGAGAACAUCUGCAACAUCGUGGUGGCCUACCUGUCCCCGGACAUGUCCAAGCAAACCUUGGACUUGCUCAACCUCAUCAACCAGUUCUUCUUGUUCUUCAAGUGCUCCGUCACCCCUGUACUGCUCCUCUGCCUCUGCAAGCCGCUGGGGCAGGCCUUCAUGGACUGCUGCUGCUGCUGCUGUGAGGAGUGUAGCCAGGACGCGGCCUCCAGCGAGGGCAGCAGCUCAGACAGCAAGCUGAAGACAGAGAUGUCCUCCUCCAUCUUCUUCGACAAGCCCAGGGAGUCGCCUCCCCCAAUCAUGGCCCUGGGCACGCCUUGCUAAGCUCCACCAGCCCCGAGGGAAGCAGUAGAGAUUGUUUCUUUGGCGUCUCCCAAGACCAAAUGUUGUUCAGUCUCAGUGUCUGCACAUGAGAUGGAGCGAGGCAUCUUCAUGCCUGCCAUGGGCUCGUUUGAUACCCAGCAAGGACGUUAGUGCUGUUGCCAGCUGAUGUGGCUUCUUAGGCAGCUCUCCUGCCUUUGCUGGAGAGUCACCAAGGCCAUGGGCCUCUUCCAGUCACGGUUCCCUGGCACGGCUCUGAGGAGUUGCUGGUCUGGGUGAGACGAUGUCUUGGAAAGGUCCCAUCUGCAGCACUUCAAGGACUGAGAGUUGCCAUAGCGUCUCCUAGAGGAUGUAGCAACUAGUAACCUGUCUGACGUAUCCUGGGUUCUCACCAUCCUCCUCCCCACCCAGCCCGUCCUCCAAACUGGGAGGCAGCUGCAGUGAAGAGACUCCUGUAGGAUCUCAGCUCUCCCCUUGUACAAGUACCCUGUCCUCAAUAAAGCACUAA